AUGUUGAUGUGCGUUGUACUCCUUGGUUUGGUGAAUGCUUACAGCGGCAACCUGGACGAGACAGCUGAUGCAAUACAGUUUGCAAUGUUUGGAGGAGACGAUACACCUACACCUACACCUGAAACUAGAGUGUUUAACUACAAGGCAGGCCCCAACGCAGUCCCCAAUAGUAUCAUGUCAGACGCCACAUUAGGCACCGAGUCAGACGACGAGUCAGACGACUUUCUAGACAGCAUGGUAGACAGCUUGUUAGGCACCCCCUCCCCCGUCAUUUCUUACUCAUUUUCUGAGUUGAGUUAUAUGGCAGUCGCGACAGCUCCUCUUCAGAAAAACAACUUCUACACGCCCAUAGAAGACCAGAUCCCCCGAGUUAUGCCUUGUCAAGCUGUAAAGUGUCACCAGACUACGGUGGUCGUGUUGGACUCGUCUGGGAGUAUUGGGUCUGUUGACUACUACAAAGAAAUUUCCUUUAUAGAGAAUAUGCUGAAGCUUACAGCAGUUAAAGCAAAAAGAAAUAACCUGAAAAUGUGUGUAGGCCUCAUCUCAUACUCUACUGGUGUGCAUGUAGAGUUAGACCCCUGCUGCGAGAACAGUUUAUGCAAGAGUAUGAACCUGUUCGACACUCACGCGCUACAGUAUCGGGGAGGGAUGACUAACACAGCUGGGGCUCUGAAAGUAGCUAGACAGAUGCUACAAGCUGCUGCUAGUUACAAGAAAGUAGCUAUGUUGAUUACAGACGGGCACUCUAACGAUGGAGGGUCACCAAUACCCAUCGCUAAGGAAAUGAGGGACAAGGAUAAGGAUGGGAUCAAGAUAAUAGCAGUGGGGGUUACUAACAAUGUCAACGAUGCGGAGCUAAAGGGGAUCUCAGGGAAGAAGAAAGUAACUAAUAUAGCUUCGUUUGAUGAGUUCCGCGGGUUAUCCAACAAACUGCUUAAAGCUAACAACGUGGCAUCUCUGACUGAGUUAAAUAGAUUGUUUUGCUGCGAUGUGUUCCAGUGAUACGACCCUGUACAAGGACCAGUGUCCUAGAGCCAAGAUACAGCCGUUUAGUUUAGUAGAUGACGGUGGUAAUUUGGUGGGCGUGCAGGAAUUCGAGGGACUCCUCCUCUACAACGGAGGAACAGUGUGUGACGACGACUUCACUUUCUUCUCUGCUAAGAGUAUCUGCAAGAGUAUGGGGCGACCUCAAGGCCAGGCUACUUGGAAGUCGGGGCUGUACUACUCAGUUCAGAGCAGUCUGAGUAUUAAACUGGACGAUGUUGAGUGCGCUUCAUCAGACUGGGACCAGUGCACCUUCAAGAAUAAAGAACACAACUGUGGACACAGUGAAGAUGUGCACCUCACCUGCAAAGAUUAACAAACCAACACAAGACAGAUGAAGAAGUAACUACAGACGGAGGAACAAAAGGUCCCUCUCCCACUUCUGCAUCUCCCGCAAAGACACACUGACCCAGUGUACAACUUGAUAAUAUGUUUG